AUGGUAAAAAAAAAUGAAGCAUCUACUGAUUUUGAAGAUUAUGCUUUAAGAGAAUCUCAAAUAAUAACAGCAUAUGGAGGUGUAGCAAAACAUUCUCGACCCAAAGGAUCUAAACACAAAUCAAAUGGACGUCCUUCAUCAGGUGAAACUACAAAUCGCAGUUCACGGUCUCAUAAAGCACAUGUUCAUACACCACGACAUGAAGCACAUGAUAAAGCACAUGCAAAACUUAAUGCUAAUAGUGGUCCUGUAUAUUUUCAAAAAGUUACUAAAAAUCAUAAUCGAACAAAAAAACCUAAUCCACCACAAAAUUCAAAACAGAAUAUUUAUUCAACUGACCAAUCAACGUCUAAAUCUACAAAGUCCACAGUGCCAACAGUCAAGGAAAAAGGUUGUUGUUGUUGUUGUACAAUUCUUUAG